GUUAACGCUCUACAAACUCACCUGAUCUUUAUGCGUCACCUUUUCGUCUUGCGCCUUCGCCGUUCAAACUCGCGCCGACAUGAUUUGCGACGUUUGUUCGGGGGUCCUUAAGGAUUGCCGAAACCUGAUCGAAACCAGCCGGACAUGGUACACUAUGGAAGAAAGUAAUUUCUACAGAAAGUCAGUCAGCAGUGUCGGUGACGAUGCCGAUAAAGAAGACGAUGACUAUGAAGUUACCACCAACGACAAUGACACUGGCAACUAUGCGGCCACGAUAGAGGAGGAAGCCGUCCAGCAAGACAUUUUUGAUGCAAAGCAAACAUCUCAGGAUGCCGAGGACGCUUUUGAUAGCGAACACGCGAUCAGUUGUAUCGCUGAGACUGAAAACAGCACUUCCCUGAUGGGUGACACCACGAUAGGUGAUGGUCAAACAGACAUCGGAGAAGUCCCGGAUCGUCCAACUUCUACUGACAGUCAAUCGGCAUCCUCGAGUGACAACAGCAGUUUUACAGUCACAAACACAGGGGGGCGGCACGCCUUGUACGGUCACCAUGUUAGCCUCUCUGAUCUUCAAGCAGCAGCACGUACUGGAUGUCAAAUAUGUUGGCAGGUUGAACACUCAAUGUCUAUACAGCCAGCAAGCGCGUCGAAACAUAUGAGACCCGUUAAUUCAAGUCUACCUCAGUUCCAUACGCUUGCUGUUGUUAAUGGCAGUCCAGAGAUCUUAUUUCUCCACGUAUUUGACUCUGUUCCGCCUCUUCGAAGCAUUUGCACCUUCAGCCUCAAACCACAAAAUGGCGAAUGGGCCGCUGUUGCGGCAAGUCAAGUCAUAUCUAAGAACACUGCAUCGUGUGAGUCGCUGCGAGUUGCACAGCAAUGGAUACAUGAUUGUUCCAGUGGCCAUCUCUCGUGCAAAAUGGAGACGCGAGAUACCCAAUGGUAUCCCACUCGCCUCUUGGAUCUAGGCGAUCUAAACCAGGAGGACCUUAGCGAAGUGCGACUGAUUUCCACGGCAUCACACAGUCCAAAGGGACACUACACCACACUUAGCCACCGAUGGGGUGAUGCUGAAUUCUUACAGCUGAAACACCACAACUUGGAAAACCUUGCUCGCGGAAUUCAGAUCGACAAGCUUCCAAGAACGUUCCGCGAGGCUAUGACUUUUUCCAAGGGACUGCAGAUUCGAUACCUGUGGAUUGACUCACUCUGCAUCAUGCAAGACGAUGUCUCUGAUUGGGCAUUCGAAGCUAGUCAGAUGCAUUUGGUCUAUUCGAAUUCGCAUUGCAACCUCUCCGCGUCUGAUGCCCAGGAUAGUCUACAGGGCCUUUUCCGAGAUCGCGACCCUCGCGCAUUAUGUAGCACGGAAGUCGACGUAUGUUUGAUUGCGGAGUAUACGGCUGAGAAUACUCCACAGAAGUGCUUGCUCACGAACGAAUAUCUAUUCUACAUGUCUUUAGUAGAAUGUUCUUUAAACAAACGUGGAUGGGUCUUCCAGGAGAGGUUUCUGGCGCCACGUGUAUUACAUUUUUGCCGCGACCAACUGUUCUGGGAAUGUCGCCAUCACACUGCCUGUGAACAACAUCAGGCUGGACUAGACCGCAGUUUCUACAACAACUUCUUCGGUGUCUCCGUCAAGGUUAACAAUGCUUUCCUCGAAAAGGACAAGGCUUCGUGGUACCGCUUGUGGCAGCGGUUGAUUCAUACGUACUCUUAUACAUCUCUCACCUUUCCCGGUGAUAAGCUUGUUGCGAUAUCAGGAAUUGCCAAGAUGAUCAGAUCUCACGUGCUCGACGAGUACGUGGCUGGCAUGUGGCGCAAAGAUCUCAAUCGUCAACUCCUCUGGGAAGCCAGCGAGAAUGUAAGUCGCUCGCCUGUUUACCGCGCUCCGAGCUGGUCCUGGGCUUCGAUUGAUGGGAGAAUCUUCUAUGCUGAUGUACAUGUUCGCACUCCAUACAUCGAGGUCGUGGACAUUCAUAUUGAGUAUGCGACGGGUGACGAGACGGGACAAAUCAACGGUGGAUGGCUGGACUUGAAAGGGGCUCUGCGGCCAGUACUUCUGAAGCAGUCCAAGGUUUCUGAAACGUUGUUCCUGUCUAUUGAUGAUGACGAUGACAAGCGAUCCCCUAGAAACGGAGCACGGCUUGACGAUUCGUCGUUGGAUGUAGACGUCAUCUUGCGACAAAGUGCAGCUGCGCAGCAUUUUUGCAUUUUAGCUGCUCUGCCGUCGGACGAGCGGGACACGCCCGACUUUCUACACUACUACUGUUUCAUAUUACUGCGACUUGUUAACUUCGAGGAGGGACAUUAUGAGCGCAUAGGACUGGCUAAAUCCCCCUACGAAGACAACGUUCAGGCGCUAAUGCAGAGCUUGAAUGAAGAGGCAAAGAUGAGCCUGCCAUGUUUGCGGUAUGAGGAUGGCAACCAUACAAUUCGGGUCAUAUAGAAAACGUUAUCGACUCAGGCCAGUGAUCCUACUGCGCGCGUAGAAGUUUCCUUGGACGCCUGAAGUCUCAAUCUAAAAUCCCUAAGAUUGCUCAUAUACAAGCAAAGACCCUGAGGACGAGCGAGUAGCGCCUUCGAAGACUUAUGGAGGCAUGGAGAGGACAAAGGUCAAAGUCGCAGGCUCCGACCUCACAACAUU